AUGACAAAAUCUCUAUGGGAGUCACUUGUAAAUAAAUACAAAACUGAAAGUGCUGGGUUGAAGAAAUUCAUCGUCGAUCGGUUUCUGGAUUUCAAAAUGCUGGAUUCCAAGAGCGUAACAUCUCAAGUCCAAGACAUGCAACUGAUAAUGCAUGAUCUGGAUGCCGAAGGCAUAAAGCUGAACGAGUCGUUCAAAGUAGCCGCGGUAAUUGAGAAACUCCCUUCGUCGUGGAAGGAUUUCAAAAAUUACCUAAAACACAAGCAAAAGGAGAUGAGACUUGAAGAUCUAAUCCUGAGGCUACGAAUAGAGGAAGAUAAUGGAAAGAUGUCUGACUCCAGAGGAAUGAAGCGGGUAGUCGACGAGAUGUCCAACCUGACUGAGCCAAAAACCAAAAAGCUGAAGCAAUCCAAAAAGAAUGCUCAAGGCAGAAAUACAAGGGCAUAUACUACAAUUGCAGAAAGUCAGGACACAUGUCCAAGGAUUGUAGACGCCCGAAGAAACCAACCAAGAGUCAGAAGGAUGCUGCGAAUCAUAACUUCUGAUGACAUGAAAUUGGAUCUCACUGCGGUAGUGUUUGAAGCCAACACGGUGGUGGAUAACUCGAAGCAGUGGUGGAUCGAUACUGGAGCAACCCGUCAUAUCUAUUCUGAUAAGGCGAUGUUCUCCAAGUAA